AGAGGGGACCAACUCCGUAUUAAUGCCCCUGAUUUUGGAAUGACAUUAUUGGACGAGCAGGUUUCCACAUACUGUUGGUCAUGUAGUGUAUGAUGGGCUAUUUUAUAGGUCACUGAGGUCUUGAUGUUACUCUGUGUUGAUGGUCUGUGUUGCUAUGUGGGAACACAUUCAUAUAGCUCAUUCUAGAACCUACCGAAUUGAGUCUCUUCAAGGAGAAUAAAGAGGGUAGGAGGGAGGGAAAAACACAAACUCAUUUCUAGAAGCAUGCCUCUGAUGUCCGUUUCUCACUCACUUCAACCACUGUGUUCGUCAUAGUGACGUUGUGAUCGAGCUGCUCCUCUCUCUCUCUCUCGGUUCAGAACAGCGCGUGCCUCAGAACCCUGAGAUAAACGGCUGAACGCAGCGCCGGUACCGGGACGCCGCUCCAACAGAUCAACACUUGAAGAGAGCGACAGAGUGGAAACGGUCAAACGACUAUGGAUGCGUCCUGCUCGAUUUUUUUGGUAAACUCUUCUUUUGGUGGUUGUGUAAUGUAGACUUCAAGGGAUUCGAUUUUUCAAAGGGAUUAUUGUUAUUUUUCUUUGAAGUGAUCAACUUUAACAACCACUUUUUAAAUCGUAAGGGAAUCAAACCGCAAUAAUGAAUGAUAUUAAACUUGCGGUUUUGGGAGGCGAAGGAGUCGGGAAAUCAGCUCUCAUCGUUCGAUUCCUGACGAGGCGAUUUAUCGGCGAAUAUUCCUCGUCAUCCGAAUGCAUAUACAGGAAGCGUCUGUCUAUUGAUGGUAGACAACUGAAUCUAGAACUCUAUGAUCCAUGCUCACAGGCCUGUGAGGGGAAGGGGACUUUGACCGACAGAGGACAUUACAUCCAGGGACUCGUUAUGUCCGUCCUUACUGUGUCUCAUAUAUUUUUAUUUCCUGCUAAUCCUGUCUUUCUCUCUCUCUCUCUCUCUCUCUCUCUCUCCCCCUCCAUCAGGGAUGCAGACACUCUGGUGUUCCUGGUGGGUAACAAGCAGGACCUGUGCCACGUGAGGGAGGUGCGUCGAGAGGAAGGCCAGCGCCUGGCAGCCGAGUCCCAGACCCAGUUCUACGAGCUCUCUGCAGCAGAACACUACCAGGAAGUGGUCCUCAUGUUCUCGAAGAUGGUCCACAAUGCCAGCCUUGGGGGCAAGGCCAAGGAGAGGAGACGGAGACCUAGUGGCUCCAAGUCCAUGGCCAAACUCAUCAAUAAUGUCUUCGGGAAGCGGAGGAAAUCUGUGUGAAAGGGGAGAUGGGAAAGGUCAAGUGUUCACCCCAGGCCUAAAGAAGCCUUGUUACUUUCGUUACUCCCCUUGGGACUGUUGUUGAACGGUGAAAGGGAUUGUGGGAAAAGGUCGAUCACGUUGAACGGACCCACCACCGACAACAACAUGGGCUUCACCUACUUUACUUGCUGUUGCUAUUAUUAUUGUUGAUCGUGAAAAGAGUCAAUAAUAAUUAGACCUCCACUCCUCUGGUUGCCAACCACCAAGGACAGCUCUAUGUGGUAUAAAUGGUUCUACACUUAGAACAGGGCUUAGUGGACUGAUAGGACUGCUGCUUCUUACAGACUUUCUGACUCGUGCUUACCAUACUCGCUACUGUGUGUGUGUGUGUGUAAAUGACACCACAGGGAGACUCCAUUAUUAGCUAUGUAAAGUAAAUGAUACCACAGGGAGACUCCAUUACUGGCCCUAUUGCCUCUACUGCUCAAUGCAUGCCACAGUGGCAGACACAGUCCAUGUUUCAUACAUCUUUCAUUAUGACUCAACUGUAUCCCAAAUAGCACCCGAUAUAUAAUGCACUAUGUUUGACCGGAGCCCUAUGGGCCCUUAUCGAAAGUAGUGCACUAAAUAGGGAACAGGGUGCCGUUUGGGAUGCUGCCUGAAUACCGCUACUGAAGAGAGCCAGCAGUUUAUUGGCAUGGAGGUUGUUUUGGGCGGGGGGAAUUCUUUCUGUGGUUACUGUGGUUUCCAUGGAAAGGUAAUGUAUCAUAAAAUAAUGAAUGUCUGUCUGUUUAGUUCCAUCAUCCUGUUGUUAAUUGUUCCCUGGAAUAAAGUCUGAAUUAUAAACUCCUAAAAUAAUGUAAAACUAUAAUAAACACUGUAAUCAAG